AUGGAUGAGAAAGAGCUUGAUGAGCAGCCUCUUGAGCCUUUUGUGCCUAUAGGUAGGUUCAUUGGGGGCCCAAUUCGUACGGGCUACGUUCCUUACAAGCUGUUUGUGAUCAUGCAGCUCAUGAACUUGGUUUUUCAACCGCCGGCCGAACCAUAUGUGAACUUGGACAUGUUCGCAGGGCAGUGUGCCAUUUCACGGGCUUUCCAAGCGCGUGGAUACCGAACUUGCUCGCUUGAUAUCGCCAUCGAUGAACGUGAUGACAUCUGUGAACCUUUGGGGUUCAUCCGACACCUCUAUGCUGCUAUGAACAUAGCUCCUGGUGGAUUAGCGUUCAUUGGUGUGGUAUGUUCCAGCUGGGUUGCCCUGAAUCGAGGGACGAGUGGACGUUCCCGAGACAAUCCAUGCGGUCGGGAGCAAUUCCCGAGCGUGCAGAAAGCCAAUUUAAUGCUAUCUCGCGUAGUGUUGCUCUUGACAGUGAUUAUGCACCACCGUGGGCACUGGGUCAUUGAGAAUCCCAUUUCGUCUUUGAUCGACUAUUAUCCACGGCUGGAAGAGUUCCUUCGCUACCGAGCACACUUCAAAGUGACAACAUGGCUGGGGAUGUUUGGUGCAACAACACCCAAGGCAGUUAAGUUGUUUUCUGAUGAUGGCUUCGUGCAGCACCUUGUUAGGAAACUUGAUCGAAGCAAGUUUGCACCAUCGAACACGACCAUUCGAUACCGUGAUGGAGCUGGGAAGAUGCGAUACAAAGGGUCAUCAACACUGAAGGCGACACAAACAUAUCCCCGAAACUUCGGUCGCCAUGUUGCCCUCGCUUGGGACACCUAUGCCGUGAGGAACCCUGAGUACUUGCAACUGAUCGAUUGGGAUCCCGAUCAUUGGGCUGAUGCCAAACUUGAUUCAGUAGAGGAAUGGCUCACCCAAUACUUGCGCCACCGCUCCAUCGAAAUUUGGGAGCCACACUGUUGGAGGUAG